UCAGUCAGUGCGAAGAUGCUGCCGGUGAGUUCACGCGCGGAUCAGAUGAUCGGUUGUCCUGUGAUGUGGAGACCGUGGGAUCUCUCAAUAAGACAGACACAAAUUCAUAAAAUGGUUUCUAGACGUCCAAGCAGAGUUCAGGUGCCUGAAGAAGCCUUUCAUCAUCCAGUGAGGCUGUUCCUGCCCAGAUCCAGAAUGCAGGAAUAUCUGUCUCAUCUGGGCAGAAAGGUUUUGGCCAGUUUUCCAGUUCAGGCAACACUUCACUUUUAUAAUGAUGAAGAUUCUGAGGAUGACAGCGACGACACACAUUCUGAUUAAAGACUCUGAACUCAACAAAGCAACAUGAGCUGAAAUAAAGGGCAUGAAGCGUACAUCCUUCAGGAAGCACAUCAGUGUUUAGGAAACAUGUAUGUUACAGAACAACAGGUCCGGUCAUGAGACCCAUCAAAGAGAAACUCACCUUUGACCCGAGGAAGACCUUUCUUCACUACAUCAUGUCAUGUUCACAGCUUUUAUCUUAAAUUGGCAAACGUCAUGUGUUAUGCUUUUGAAAGCAUACUGUUUUUCAGAGCAAUUGAAUGGUUUAUUUCAUAUUGUCUUCACUUGUGUGAAAUUAUUGUACAGUUGCAACUUUGGUGAUACGUGAGCCUAUUAAAUAAAUAAAGAAAGAAAGAAAAUGGG